AUGGCUGCCAUGGCGACCGUGCCCAGCUACACCCCUUCGCUAUGGGUAAGGAUGUGCCACGCCCUCCCCCGGCUGGACCUCACCAUGACGAUGAGAGACAACCUCUUCAUCCCCGACAGCUGGGAGUACCAACAGACUCUACUGGUCCUCUCUAGUCUCUCGGCCAUUGCUCUCGUUCUCUCCCUCCUCGUCAUUAUCUCCUUCCUUAUACACUACUGCUGCUGUCGCCGUGGUGACCGGAGCGAGGGAUCUGAGGAAGAGGAGGAGGAUGAAGAGGGCAGCACGGGCCACGGAUACAGAGGCAAGAAAGGGCGGGGUAUCUGCUGUGUCACCUGGGUGUCGGUGGCGGCUGUCACACUGUGCUGUGUUGCCGUAGGCGUUGGUUUCUAUGGCAACAGUGAGGCUAAUGAUGGGAUAUAUCAGUUGACCUCGUCUCUUCUCACAGCCAAUUACACACUGGCUUCCAUCGAUCUGCUGCCCCACCCCUCCCUCUCCGCCUCCCCAGGUUUCAGACACAAUCUCUGGGCUACAGCUGUCCAUCCCGGGCCCCUGACCACCAUGGAGGAGCUGUUUACAGGCAGUAAGCCCUACUUGGUGUCCACCCGGAACUGUAGGAGACUGUCAGAGAACGUGUGGCACCAUCGAGGGGGUCAUGCCAAGCCCCUUCCCCUCGGCUGGGCAGCCAACACACUGAUGGUCAACGAGGACUACAGGUGGCUGUCCUACGUGCUGCUGUUGUUGCUGGACCUCCUAGUGUGUCUGUUCAUCCUGCUGGGGCUAGCCAAACAGGCCCGCUGGCUCCUCAUCCUGAUGACGGUGCUGGCCUGGCUGGCUCUGUUCCUAAGCUGGGGCUCCCUGGGCCUGGAGACUGCCACUGUGGUGGCUGUCAGUGACUUCUGUACAGAUCCCAACACGUUUGUGCUCAACUCCACCCACUUCAACUCUGGGACCAGCUCAGACGUGUUGGAUUAUUACCUGACCUGCAGCAGACGUAUGAACAGCCCUUUCCAGCAGCUGCUUACCCAGUCACAGAGGGCCCUUUCCAGCAUCCACACACACCUAUCCAGCCUGGACCGGAAUGCUCUCCCACAGGUCCCCAAGGCAGAGAAGUCACUCAGGGAGGUUCAGCAGAUUCUCAAUGCCACAGAGGGCAACUUUCACCAGCUAGUGGCGCUACUCAACUGUCGAGGUCUCAACAAGGAUUAUAUUGACUCUUUGAAAGGCCUGUGCUAUGACGGGAUGGAGGGAUUGCUCUACCUCUCCCUCUACUCUUUCCUUUCGGCUCUGGCCUUCACUGCCAUCCUCUGUUCCCUGCCCGGCGCCUGGAGAAGCUUCCCCAGUGAUUCCGAGGAGUAUGAAGAUUCGGACAGCGAGAGCGAGGACCCCUUCACUUCCCAUCAGGCACGUAGACAGCCGGCCGCGGGGUCUCAGCGAGGGGCCUUGCCCCCCUUCUAUAAUUACCAGGGGGCCGGGUGGACUCCUCCCUUUUCUAGCGCGCCACCCCUCCCGUGA